UAGAUCAGAACUUAACUCAAGUUUUGAAAGAUGAUGGUGAGUUAGGUAGACAAAUACAAGAAAAGAAAGAUAUUUUGAGGCAAACAUCUGAUAGACUUGGUGAAGAGAAAUUGUUAAAACAUACUGGAAUCUCAGCAUUAUCUUCAGAUAAUAAUAUUUUCAGAUAUUCAAAAAGUUCCAGAGUAUCUAGUGGUGUUGGUGGUGAACAAGGUUUAUUUAUAAGUAAACUAAAAUGA